UUUUUAAAAAUUCCCGCAAAAUAUAACUGCGUGUUAACAGACAAACGUUCCAGCGCAGCAUCCACCACACAUUCUCUCUACAUCCCAAAUCUACACCCCCUUUCUCGCCGCCGCCGGCACUUCCACCUAGGGUUUGGUUUCUCUCCGGCGACGUCGACGACGAUGAUUCCCUAUCAUUCCCUUCACGACGCCGAGAUCGCCCUCGGCCGCAACCUCACCUUCGCCGAAACCCUCUGGUUCAAUUACUCCGCCACAAAAUCCGAUUACUUUCUCUUCUGCCACAACAUUCUCUUCCUUUUCCUAAUCUUCUCCCUCGUCCCUCUCCCUCUCGUUUUUCUCGAGAUUAAGCGAUUGUACCCCUUCGAUUCUUACAAGAUCCAGCCGAAAGUUCGAUUGUCCCUCCAUGAAAUGCUCAAUUGCUACAAAGAUGUUAUGGUUAUGUUCUUCCUUGUAGUUGGUCCUCUUCAGCUCGUUUCGUAUCCUUCCAUCAAGAUGAUUGGGAUUAGGGCAGGGUUACCGUUACCGUCUGGAUGGGAGAUCUUAUCGCAAUUGGUGGUGUAUUUUUUGGUGGAGGAUUAUACGAAUUACUGGAUCCAUAGGUUUCUGCAUAAUAAAUGGGGUUACGAGAAGAUUCAUCGCGUUCAUCAUGAGUAUCAAGCUCCGAUUGGAUUUGCGGCGCCGUAUGCUCACUGGGCGGAGAUCUUGAUACUUGGGAUUCCGUCUUUUCUUGGACCUGCGUUGGCACCUGGUCACAUGAUUACGUUUUGGUUGUGGAUAGCAUUGCGCCAAGUUGAAGCUAUUGAUACGCAUAGCGGGUAUGACUUCCCCUGGAAUCCCACGAAAUAUAUCCCAUUUUAUGGUGGCUCUGAGCAUCAUGAUUACCAUCAUUAUGUUGGAGGACAAAGCCAAAGCAAUUUUGCAUCAGUUUUCACGUACUGCGAUUACAUCUAUGGAACUGACAAGGGUUUUCGGUAUCAGAAGAAGAUACUAAGAAAUCUGAAGGAAGAUUUGACAAAUGGGGCUGCACAGAAUGGAGGAUCAUUUGAUGCACAAGAUUAUAAUAAAUCCGAGUGAGAUGGAAGCACUGUUGGUGGUUUCAAAACGUAUUGUAUGUCGGCCCUUCAAAACUACCUAAAUUUCUCGUUGACAGAUAAAUAGUACUAGUAAAAUAGUUGUCUUGGGUUUAUCUUCAGGAUGAAGACUAGUAGAAUGGAGCUUUAGGGAUUGUGAUUUUGUUUUACAAGAGUGGGUGGGGGAAGCGUUUCUUCUGCUUUCAUGUUUUGGAAAUCUAACAUUGAUUUGCUUUAUGUCGAUGCAAGAAUGAUCAUUUUCCAGUGGGCUGUAAAUUAAAUUCUAGAAAUAUGAGACACGCUUCGUUCCUUGUUCCUCGUAUCUCCUCUGGGAAGUAAUUCGAAAAGCAGAAUAAAAUUUGGAAGUUUGGUUUUAUUUGGAAGUUUGGUUUUAUGUAAUAGCUGUUCGUGAACAUGUAAUGUCCCUUGUACCUGAUGGAUUGAGUCUGGAACCCAGAAGUCAAGUUAUGUGAACACAUUUGCGCAAUGAUUAUUAUUAUUUUUUUUUCA